UAGGUUUCAGCUAGCCAUCGAUUCAAGUUAUAUAUUCUGCUUCUUCGACUUCUUCGACUUCGUGCAAUGCUGCUCUGUCUUUUAUUGAAACAAAUCUAUGAUCUGGUUCACAUAAGCGCUUGAGAAUCCAGCGCUGACAUUUACUGAGAAGGCAAGAACAUUCCAACUCCAUGCUUUCAAUUUUGUAAAAUAAUUGUAAAGGUUGCAAUACACGAUUCUGGUUUCCACCAAACAACUAUUUUCUUUGACGACCCUUGUAGCAUAGUGCAUGUUCCAAUGGCGAAUCCUGCGCUUCACCCUGAGACGAUUCACCAUACUUUGAAGCUUAAAGAAAUUGCUAUUGACUAUUGUCCUCAUAUGUGCACUCACUCACCAGAAUCUGAUGAAAUUGUUGUUGUCUUCGAUGAGAGGGGUGGUGCUCGCUGGCGAUCCAAGACACGCUUCCAGUUCGGCACCUUUGGUGCUCAAAUACAGUGCCCUAGAGGCAACACCAGUGGCCUCAACUUCAACAUCUACCUAUCCUCUCUUGAAGGAGAUAAAUCACAAGAUGAGAUCGAUUUUGAGUUCUUGGGCAAAGACAAAACCAUUGUUCAAACGAACUUUUACACUUCAGGGAUGGGAAACCAAGAGAAGAUUCACAAAUUAGGGUUUGAUUGCUCCGACGGAUUUCACAGUUACGAGAUAAAAUGGACCAGAGAAUUCAUAGAGUGGACGAUUGAUGGAAAGGUUGUUAGGAGGGAAGAAAGGAAGGAGAGAGAAGGGUUUCCUGAGAAACCCAUGUUCCUUUAUGCAUCAGUGUGGGACGCUAGCUACAUUGAUGAAGGCCGGUGGACAGGGCCUUACUUUGGUUGCGAUGCACCGUAUGUUUGUCGGUACAAGGAUGUUCGAGUUCCUGCUGCAGCAGUGGCGGAGAACUGAUGGGACUCGGGGUUUGUUUCCUUCAUUUGGUGAGUUGGCUAUCAAAAUUUUUUUUUUCUCCCUUACAUUUGUCUGUACAACAGCUUUGUUGGAUGAACUGAUUUCUUCUGUUUGGAACAAGGUUCUGUAACUCUUGGAAAAAAAAAAAUUCUAUUCCAUAAUGCCCACAAAUGGUGAAUAAAAUUACUGUCAUUUUCAGCCA